AUGGCGAAGAAGAGUAAGAAGGAUAAGGAAGCUAAAAAGGCACGUGCUGAGCUGAAAAAUCAAAAGAAUCAGAAGAAACAAGAGAAAAAGUUUCACAAGAACAAGAACAAGUCUUUAGAUGGCGACGACGAUGAUGAAAGUGAUCAAGAUCUUGAUGAAAUUCUUUCGAGCUUCACCAAGAAGCAAACCGAAUUGGAACAUGUAGAUAUAACUGCUGUGGAGAGGCCCUCUUGUCGUACUCAUCCGUUGAUGUUUGCGAAUCCGCAGCACAAUAAACAUGAAUUGUUCAUUUUCGGUGGGGAGUUUACAGAUUCAGAGACUAAACUGACACAUUUCUAUAAUGACUUGUAUUCAUAUUCCAUAAAGAACAAUUCGUGGAAAAAAUAUGUCUCUCAAAAUGCACCUUUGCCCAGAUCCAGUGCUGCUGUUGCAGUACAUCCUUCCGGUAUUGCAUUGUUACACGGUGGUGAAUUCUCCUCCCCAAAGCAAUCUAAGUUUUAUCACUAUUCCGAUACAUGGUUGUUCGAUUGCGUUGAAAGGAAAUUCAAUAAGUUAGAGUUUGGUGGUAGAGAUUCUUCACCAAGCGCCAGAUCAGGUCAUAGAAUCAUUGCUUGGAAGAACUAUUUUAUAUUAUUUGGUGGGUUCAGAGAUUUGGGGAAUGGACAAACCUCUUACUUAAAUGAUUUGUGGUGUUUUGAUAUUUCAAACUACAAAUGGAGCAAAAUAGAGACUAACAGUAAACCUGACGCUCGUUCUGGCCAUUGUUUCAUCCCCACAGACAAUUCCGCCAUAUUGAUGGGUGGUUAUUGUAAAACUAUUGCUAAGAAUAACAAAAAUCUAAUGAAGGGUAAAAUCUUGAAUGAUGCAUGGAAAUUGAAUUUAACCCCUGAUCCAAAGAAGUGGCAAUGGGAAAAAUUAAAGAAUUUCAAGAAUCAGCCUUCACCAAGAGUUGGUUACUCGUUUAAUUUAUGGAAGCAAAAUAAAUCGGUUGCUUUUGGUGGUGUUUAUGAUUUGCAAGAGACUGAAGAAUCCUUAGAGUCUGUUUUCUAUAACGACCUAUACAUGUUCCACCUAGAAUUGAACAAGUGGUCAAAGUUAAGAAUCAAAUCUCAGCGUCAAACGAGUAACAGAAAUUCACCUGCUACGAGUAAGAGAAAAUCAAAUAAAGAUCAAGAAAAGGAGUUGCAGGAUUUGCUAAAUUCAAUUUUAGCCAAGUCUAAUUUAAAUGAUGAUGACGACGAAAAUGAUGACUACACCGCGACUGGUUCGAACUCUAUUGAUGGUGAUGAAGAUGAAGAAGAUGAUAGUGAUUUGGACAACCAAGAAGAUAUUACCAUCUCAAAUCAAUUACCACAUCCAAGAUUUAACGCAGCAACUUGUGUUGUGGGUGACUCAUUGUUUAUUUACAGUGGUGUCUGGGAACUGGGCGAGAAAGAUUAUCCUAUAAACUCGUUCUAUAGUAUAGACUUGAACAAGUUAGAUGGUGUCAAGGUUUACUGGGAGGAGCUAUCUGCUAUCGAAGAAGCAAAGAGACUAGGUGAUAGAGAUUCCGACGAAGAAGAGUUUGAAUACGAGGACGAAGAGGAUGAUGAAGAUCAGAGUGAAGAAGAACAGGAUGCCGGGUUGCUUGAAAGUGAUGAGGAUGAAGAAAGCGACGAUGAAGACGAUGGACAAGCGCAAAUGGAGAUUCCGGACGAAAGAUCUUGGUUACCACAUCCCAAACCAUUUGAAACUUUAAGGGCAUUUUACUUGAGAGAAGGUGCAAAUUUUUUAACCUGGUCUAUUUCUAAUAACAGAAACUUAAAGGGUAAACAAUUAAAGACGAAGUCCUUCGAAUUAUGUGAAGAUCGUUGGUGGGAAAGAAGAGAUCAAGUGACUCUUGAGGAAGAGCGUCUAGAGGAUACAGGGGGGAUCAUUGAAAGAGAUGUGACUACGAAACCAUCCAAAAGAAGGUAG